AUGUGCUCAUUGCUCAGUCGGUGGUGGAGGUUGUGCACGUUGGUGGAGGAUGUGCUCGUCGCUGGUGGAGGCUGUGGUCGUUGGUGGAGGAUAUGCUCGCUGGUGGACGCUGUGGUCGCUGGUGGAUGGUUCUCCGAUGAUCUUCCUCGUCGGAGAGUGGCUGAGGAGGAGGAGAGAGCUGAGUG